CGCUCGCCGCAGCGGGAGGUGAGGGGGUCCGGGCCUGCCCUGCCCGCUCCUCCGGCUCCUGCGGCGCUCCCGCCCUCUCCCCGCUUCCUCCCUCCUUCCCUCGGCCUCCCGGUGCGGGCGGGUGAGGCGGUCCGGCGGCGGAGGGGCCUGCGCGAGCAGGGAGAGGAAAUUGUGUCGUCGAAAUGGGGGCCCCGGGCCGCGCGUUCUGUAAAUGCUGCCGGUUGUUUCCGCCUGUAAGAUACAAAGAUGAGCAACAACAGUAAUAAGAGAGCACCAACGACAGCGACUCAGAGACUUAAACAAGACUACCUGCGAAUUAAGAAAGAUCCAGUGCCUUAUAUCUGUGCAGAGCCCCUCCCAUCCAACAUCCUGGAAUGGCACUAUGUUGUCCGGGGACCUGAAAUGACUCCUUAUGAAGGUGGCUAUUAUCAUGGGAAACUAAUAUUCCCCAGAGAAUUUCCUUUUAAACCUCCUAGUAUUUAUAUGAUUACACCUAAUGGAAGGUUUAAGUGUAAUACAAGGUUGUGUCUUUCAAUCACCGAUUUCCACCCAGACACGUGGAAUCCGGCUUGGUCGGUCUCGACGAUCUUGACGGGCCUUCUUAGUUUUAUGGUGGAAAAGGGCCCCACACUGGGCAGCAUAGAGACGUCUGAGUUCACAAAAAGACAGCUCGCUGCACAAAGCUUAGCAUUUAACUUAAAAGAUAAAGUCUUCUGUGAGCUCUUCCCUGAAGUGGUGGAGGAAAUCAAACAAAAACAGAAAGCACAAGAAGAGCUCAGUAACAGACCCCCAUCCCUCCCUUUGCCAGAUGUUGUCCCUGAUGGGGAAGCACACUACGGGCAGAACGGAAUCCCCCUUCUUAACGGGCACGUACCCUUGGCACCUGCCAACCAUCCGGGUCUCCAACAGGCCAACCGUAACCAUGGACUUUUAGGCGGAGCUUUGGCGAACUUGUUCGUUAUAGUUGGUUUUGCAGCCUUUGCCUACACAGUCAAGUAUGUACUGAGAAGCAUAGCGCAAGAAUGAGGAGGAUGAUGAUAAAAGAAAUCCAAGACCAAAUUAGUGGUAGUUGCAGAAUGAGUGGGACUCUUUGGGCACCUGACUGACACUGGGAUAAUAAAUACUUGUUUUACCAAGUUGCAGGUAAAACAUUGGUUGGCUCAUGGGUUAUUUUUGAGAAAUGAAAUAGUUUGGAUUAGUCAGAAAACUAAAAGAAGUUCUGCUCACAGAUUCUCUUGUCCUCGCUGCUGUCUACUAGUGGCUCACAAACAAGUCAAAGCAUUAUUGAUGAGACGCUAACAUUUCUAGUGCUUUGAUUUUUAUAGCAGUCCUCCAUCUGUUAUUUGAAAUUUGAAAAUCUUAAGGAAAUAAGGCUUUUUACUUCAUUGAACAAUUUUUAAAAUUUCACAACUUACGCAUAUCGUAUUUUAUUUUCAUUAGUACAGGUGUUGAAACGAUUCAAGUAGAGGUUUCAUGUGGACUUGGUAAGGGUUUGGUUCAUGUGAACGUUGAUGCUACAGAAGAUUGCUGGUUUCUUUUUUAAAAUAGAAUGAACAUCGUCGCAUAUCUAGUCAGUAGUGAUUAGAUGAGUGGGAAGAUAACACCCUGUGUGUUAAAUGUGUUGUCUAAAUUGUCACAAUGUAAUUGAAGGUUUUAUUUGGGCUGCAAGAAGUGCAGUUGUCAGCCUUUAGGAAUGAUUAGCAAGAAAAAGCAUUUGAAUCAGUCUGUAGUGGGGAUGCCCGUAUCCAGUAUCGAUUUGGGUUUGUUCACUUUCAGAUUUCCGUUCUGAGCGAUGUGAUAUUUGAAAGCUGUAAUACUUAAUUUUGAUCACAAGGUGCCACUGUUGAAAAUAAUAAUAAAACUGCACACACCAAUGGAGAGUUGAUUGUGUAUUCAGAAAAUCUUCUCUGGAUUUCUUGGACUUUGGUAAAUGAAGUGACCCUAGCCCUUGGGAAGAGAAAGAGAGUCUGAAAAACAAACCAGCUUCAUCAGAGUCAGCUGAAUUAAUCUGAAGUGUCACUAGUUGAAGUAAACCCUUAAAAUCAGUUGUUCUUGCUUACUUGAAGAUUUGCAUAAACUUAAACCUCCAUCACCACCAAAAGCCAAACCCCAAACCCUUCUAAUUCACCUGAGAUUCUAGAAGCUUUUUGCUUUUAGGUGUAAGUUCACCACCAUUCCCCUUCAGACGAUUGAUGACUGAAAUUCCUGUUUGCUGAUGGCAUUACAGGACUGUGGGUAAACACUAGAGCUCCUCGGGUAGUUCAGAAGUCUGAAAUUACUUUUUUAACCAAGUUUGCUUGAUUUCCCCUCCCUGCUUAGUUUUAUCCAAAUGCUUUGUUUCAUCAGAGGCAAACUUACUGUGCCUUCUAUGAGUGACAGGGAUGCCUGGUCAUCUGGGAAGAACACGCUCGCUGUUCGUGGCACAACAAACUGUCAGAGGGUGAUAGUGGCAUAAAAAGCUCUGCAAAUAACUGCAUAGUCUUAUUUGAAGUAUUGUUAAGAGCCCAAAUAAAUAUUACCUCAUGUAUGUAAGAAUUUUUUUGAAACUCUUUUAUUUUCCCUUUCAGAUUUGUUCUCUCUGUGUGUUCUUGGUAUCUCGAAUUAUAAGGAAAACGUACUGUUAACCCAUGAGCCAUGCAGCUUAGAGCAGCAGUAAAUGUGACCAAUUCUCUGCAAUAGGUAGGAAUUACCCAAGCUAGCAGAACAGCUCUUUACUAAAGAAAUCUUAAAGCAGUUCUUCCUGAGAUAAGGAAGGGAAGGAGGAGGUGGGGUGUGAGGAUGGAAUUUGGAAAAGGCUGGAUUUUAAAAUGUAUUUAUAAGCCUUUGAUUUUUUUCUUUUUUGUGAUUUUUACCAAAUCUUAUUUAUAACUAUUUUUAAUUUACCUCGUGUAUGUGCUUGAUCAGCUCUUUGAAAAAAAGAAGCACCAAUGUAUCUGUGUAGAAGCAGUUGGGUUCUGUCGGUCUGGGGCUGUGCUGGGUAGCGAGGGGGAGAUGUCUUCCCUGCACUGAUGGGUUUUUUGGGAUGGCUUGUUAGACUGAUAGUUUUUUUUUCAAAGCAUAUGGACCUGUUGCUGAGGCUGUUCUGCCUCAUAGAUCUCAGUAUCAUUGAGUCAUGUUUGUUCUCACAAUGCCUUUUAUUACCAUUGACGUCGCCUACAGGCAGGAGCUUAUAAUUGGUUGUCUGUGUCUGUCUUCUGACAAAGUUCUUUUAGCCACAUAAAGGCAAAGGCAAGGAGACCUUGGGCACGGUGCGUUUGCUUCUUUUGUGGAAUGUACCUAACCAAGGCAAAAUAACUAGUAAAACACGGAGAUGUUGAAUAAAAGGCAUUUUAUUAUGUGACAAGAAAUUGGCCUUAAGCUACACCCAGGUAUUUGAACGGGGGGGUCUCUUGUUUUUAGUAAGUGCCACGAUUGGAAACAAAAAAUUGUUGGUUAAACCCUGGACAUGCUGCAUCUUUUCUGAGGAUUGGUUGUAUUUAAAAAACAAACCAGACUUCCAAUUGCCGUUUCUCUUCAGUAGCCUGGAUUCAGAGAAAGACGUGACAGUCGUUUCAGGUGCUGUUUGUUGGAUGCGAGGAGCAAUCGCUGAAUCCUUACACCUAUGGCUUAACGCAAUUUUGAUACAUCUCCUUGCCUUUGGUAACAGAAGAUUAUUCCCUUUUGUGUAGGUUUUACUGUUUUGUGUCAAAAGCAUUUUUAAUAGUAUGCAGUAUCUGAUCUUUUUGUUACCAAAGUCAUUCGCUGGAGUAAACCAUUCUUUGCCAUGCAAAAAUAUUCUCAUGCCCUGAAGCAGUGCAUUAAUUAAUGUAAUAAAACGAAACGCUGCCCCUCAGUAUAUGAUAUUGGAACAAAUGCCUGGCCCUUCACUCUCAUGCUGCCAUUCCAUGGAUUUCUGUAAGGUUGUUGUCACAGGCAGCAGGGAGUUUUUGCAGCUCCAAUCAGAAGACAUCUCAGCGGUCGCCUUUAAAGAUCUCUUGAGUCUUAAAAUCCAGGGUUUGUGUGUAGCCGUAACUUUUCUCCCCCUAAGAUUUCAAGGUCACGGAAGUUCCUUUACUUCAAGCAUGUACUGAGGAGUAGAAAUGACUGCAUUGUAAAGUUGUUUGUUCAUAAUAAAUGUUCAUGAUAAAAUUUA